AUGUUAAAAUCAGCACGAAAGCAUAACGUAAGCUUUGCACCUCUGAAAUUAUCAGAAAAACUCAAGAACCAGAUACCUGCCUGGCUCCACCUUGGCGCCCCUCCAAGAACAUACAAUAAAGUAAAGAAUAAAUGCCUACAAACCACACACAAUGCGAAAUCAGUAAAGGAUCACCGAGACAUAGCCGAAAGACUAACAAAUAUCAACACCCACAGCAACAUCAAUACCUGCAUAUGCCCCGCCUGCAUUGAAAACAGACUGGUGGGUUGCAAAAACCCCAACAAGUGCACACACAUUGCGCAACAAAUCCUUGACAGCCUGAAUCCAAUAUUCAACCCCAAUACCUCACCAAGGAAAGACAACCUAACACUUAUAUAUAGAAGAUUAGAGAAAAAUGUGCGUAUGCAAAUACAACCAAAUGGCGAGAUCCUCUUCGACCCCUCCAUUAUGACCAAAAACCAUAUAUCAGAAUGCUUCCGCAUCUUCACCAUUCUGGACCACCUUGUCCAAAUCCCAGCCUAUCGCCUCCGUACUCCAAGAACACAGUUGACGGUAUAUACCGAUGGAUUGUGUACCAACAAUGGCAAACAAAAUGCAGUGUGCAGUGGAGGAAUCUGGGCAGGAGAGAACCAUCAGCUCAAUAAAGCCAUCAAAAUACCCAGAGAUAAUCACUCAAACCAGAUAGGUGAACUAACCACAGUGCUCGUAGCCCUGCAAUUGGUGAACCCAUUAUCUCCACUAAAGAUAAUCAUUGAC